CAAUAAAUCAGUACAAGACGGACAGUGAAAUGAACAAAUGGCUUCUUUACUCGUGUUCGUUUCUUUGUUUGUGUGUUUUGGUGUAGUGUACAGUCAGCUGUUGUGUGAGGAUGGAUUUUGUAGGACGUACGGUUUCGAGGUAGGUUGCACAGCCGCCGCGGAACACUGCCGCAUCAACAACGCGACACAUUCUGGCAUCUGGCUGUUGUCGCCGACGACCUGCAACUGCUGCGAUUAUUGCCUGCCUUUUAUAGUGGAAGGCGAUCACUGCACUUUGGGCGGGCCGGGUACAGGAACCACGGUUGGUAGAUGUGGCGAUGGGCUCACCUGCGUUGCAGAGGAGAACGGCAAUUUUUGUAGAAGAAUGGAAUCCGAUUGUCACUCGGCCCAGGACGAUUAUGACGCACGCCAUGAAUCUGGACAGAUCGGCUCCUUGGAGCAACGACCAGGAUGCAAUGGCAAGGGACGAUAUCAGCAUUAUCACUGUGUGCCCACGCAGACGUGUUUCUGUCAAUCCGACGAAGGAGAGCGGCUAUUUGGAGAGGUCGUUCAUCAGGGAGCUGUGACUGAACGGAAUAUGCACUGUGGCUGCUCCCGUCUUCACGACAAAAUUAAGAAAUCCAUCUCUCCCGGGGUCAAAUUGCCCGUGGUCGGGCUCCGCUGCACUUCGGAUGGCAACUUCAACCCUGUGCAAUGUCUAAAUAACGAGUGUUAUUGCGUGGAUGAGAUCACAGGAGCUAUAGAGGGAGAUGAGAAGAUCGAUUUGGAGACGGAGCCGAUUUCGGAAUUGUCUUGCUAUGACGAAUCUCUCGACCUCUUCCCAUCCAACACUGGAACUGCCCCCUACAACUACACCUCCCCCUGUCUUGAGGACAUGAAAGAGAGAAUAGCGUUCUUGGAGGAGAGCGAGCAGGACGGAUUCAACGUGGACUUCUUCAGUAGUGUACCCGAAUGCUUGCCGGAUGCGACGUAUGGAAGGAUUGUGAGGACGUGGAACGGGACUAAAAUUUGCGUGGACGAGCGCGGGCAGCCAAUAGAGGGGUACGAAGCAAUGCCCGGCACAAAGGAGUACGAAGAAAUGAAUUGCAACUGUGCCGUAACAACCCAACUAAUGGCUUCUCUAACGGAGAAGCCAGUGUGUUGUAGCAACGGCAACUUUCGGCAGAUACAGUGUCGCCGCGGCGCCUGCCGCUGCGUGGACAGCGACGGGCGGCAGGUCGGCGUGGAGUCUACCGAUGUAACUGAGUUGCCGUGCUACGGAGGAAAUGAGGAAUGGAGAAUUUGCUAAUAAACGUAUACUGUAUACUUUA